CUGUCUGCGUCCAUCUGUGAAAUUAACUUUACUUUAACUUGUCAAUUAAUUUUUUAGUGUGAUUUCCAGAAACGGUGGUGAAAUUUAUAUCCACACAAAUAAUCCUCGAGACAAUGCCAAAAACGAAACCCAAUGUGAUAUUUUCGAAUCCAGAGAAAAAACCACUUGAAGAGCUCGUUUUAAUCGUAGUUGAAGAUGGUGUCAAUAUUAAAGUUCCUGCUUUGGACAAACGAUGGGCUCAACGAGAUGUCUUUACACCUUAUCUUCCACUCGUUUUGUCAGGAGGAAAGCUUAAAACCGAUGCCGAUUUAGAUGAGUGGAUCUAUGAAACUGAAUGGUUUCUGAAAGAAAUGAUGUUUCUCCUAGAAAUGCGACAUUAUCGAUUCUGGUCAUAUAUGAUUUACCAGGAUGGCGCUAUGGCUUCAGUUCUUUCAUUUCUAAAAAAUGCGACCCCUUUCUACAUAGACACGUCGUCACUACCAACAGACAAACGUGUUCUUAUUUUGUACUUGGACGUACUCUCCGCGGUAGUCCGUGUCAUUUGUCGGAUGAUCACCAACAAGGAAAGCGAUGAAGAGUGGAUAACGAAGGACAAACUAAAAGAUCUUAUAUACUCUAACUUUCUCAUAUCUAUACCAAUGCUCUUCGAUCUUAUCGUAGCUCUUGGUCGCUCCAAUACAAAUCUUUUGCGUAAAAUUUUCGACACAGUCGUUCGAAUCGAACCGAAGUACAGAGACGACCUGACAGUUGGGCUGAAGUUCCUCAUGUCCACCUUUGAUACUAUCCAAGUGCAAGUUGAAAAUGAAGGUGCACUGGGUGAAGAAAACGGAAAUAAUGAAAACCUAGAUACACCAUACGAUGAUUUGGUGUUGUUCACUCUUGAUACAUUGUUUACGUUGAGCAUUUUACUAGAUAUUUUUCCAGAUGCCCGAAAGAUUUGCUGUGACAUUAAUUUAGGACAGAGGCUAACAUUAUUCUACGAUAGCACUAUUCCAGUUAUCUACAAAAACAUUUACCUUAUUAAUGCCAAUGCCUCGAGCUUAAAAUAUGUUAACGAAGCAAGAAUACAGCUUCUAAAAGCUUUUCGCAGUAUUGUUUAUUUGCACAUUGAAAAUGUUUUGUCAGAUCCCGAAAACAGUUUAGCGCCAUCAGAGGAAUUUAUUGCAAUCAUGACUGAAUGUUUAUCCGACCGGGCUUUUGUUAUUGACUAUCAGCCAGAAUAUCCUAUCGAAUUGGAUAUCGAUAUUUUAAAGCAAGCCUGUAAAGAUUUAGAUACCUUCAAAACAGAUUUUAUAGCUAAAGGUUAUAAAGACGAAGCUGAUUCGGAAACCUUAGGAACAAUUGAAAGUAUGGAAAAACUAGCGAUAGAUGAGCCCGAAGCAAGUUCAUUAAUAUCUAGUAUGUCAGAACGUCCACAACCCGAAGGAGCCGCUGCUGCAACACAAAUAGAUUACGAUGAUGAUCAGCCGUCCACCAGCAGAGCAGCCAGAUCUUCGACAGCAACAACAAACCCUGCCAACGAAACAAAUACGGAAGCCAAUGAUAGAGAUAUCGAUUUGGAAGUGACGAGCGUUUUAGAAGUUCUUCCUCAUCUGGGCGAUGGUUUUAUACGACGUGUUUUAAGUCGAUACGACAAUUCAGAAGAAGCGAUAGCAGCUAUACUUGAACAAAAUCUUCCACCCGAUCUUAUACAUGCGGAUCAAAGUGAGGUGUACAUCCCAAUAGAUCCUCAAGAUAUUCUCUAUCAACAAACUGGUAUCAAACGAUUCAAUAUUUUCGAUGGUGACAAGUACGACGUUAUGACCCAGGAUAAUCCCGAUUGUAUUAUAAAAAUAGGCAAAGGUUUUCCGAAUGCCCCACAGAGCUUGAACGAGAUGUUAGACGAUAAGACGGAACUAAACGCAGUCAGACAUCGGUUCCAAGAGUACUCUCUAGUCGAAGAAGGAAAUGUGUACGAUGAUGAGUAUGAUGAUAGCUAUGACGCACUUUUGGAAAGUGAAUCUCGUGUUGUUAAAUCGAAGCAAAUAAAAUCCACUCUUGCUGAAAUUGGAGACUCGAGUGAUGACGACGAAGAAGAAGAAGUAGUAGCAGCCGAAGAAGAAGAAGAGGAAGAAGAAAAAGAACAACAACAAAAAGACAAAAAACAACAGUCUAACGAUACAACAAAGACUAAUUAUGAUAAAUACAUGAACUUCUGUGAAAAUCCUGAAGACGUUCGUGCAAGAUACGAAGCCAGGAGAGCAGCAAAGUUCGGAGGCGGUAAUAAUUCAGCUAAGGCCCCACCUCCGCAAUUCCCCCGCGAUGUUGUAGGUGAAGCUAAAGGAAAAGGUCAAAGCAAAGAAGUUGUUAUUAAUCGUCACAAAAAAGAUGUUAACAAGUCCAGUCGGGCCAAUCACAAUCGCAAGGCUGGUGCAGCCUUUAAACGCAGCAAAGGAAUGAUGGGCUAAAAAAACAAAAAAAUUAUGUUUAAUUGUGUACAAAAUCUUUUUUCCUUAUUUAAAUUCAUAAAUAAGUAUUGUUCAAUUAUUGUUUUUUGCCAAGUGCAAACAAAAAUAAACUAAAUAGUUAAUUUAAUUUUUUAUACCUAAGAAAUCAAUAAAUUAAAUAUAUAAUAAAUUUUGAAUAUACAAACAAAAUA